GGCAGCGCGCAGAAGAUGGCGUGUUGUGGGCACUGUUUUUGUUGUAAGUGCUGCUGCAGAGAAGCAGAGACGCGUACACCUGAAGAACUGACAAUCCUUGGAGAGUUUCAAAGUGAAGAUGAAAUCCUUCCCAGGAAAGACUACGAGAGCUUGGAUUAUGACCGCUGCAUCAAUGAGCCAUAUGUGGAGGUCCUGGAGGGGAUCACCAACGAGAAAGCCAGGAAGUAUGAGGCCGUGCGCUGGGUCCUGGUGUUUGCCAUCGGUGUGACAGUGGGGCUGGUGGGAGUAUUUGUGGAUUUCUUCGUUCAUAUUUUUACUCAACUCAAACUCAACGUGGUUGGAGAGUCUGUGGAGCGCUGCACAGACAGAGGCUGCCUGGCUCUGUCCCUACUCGAGCUGCUGGCCUUCAACUUGACCUAUGUACUCCUGGCCAGUGUGCUGGUCCUUAUCCAGCCGGUGGCUGCAGGCUCAGGGAUCCCAGAAAUCAAGAGUUACCUGAACGGAGUCAAGAUCCCGGGCAUCGUGCGGCUACGGACCUUCUUGUGUAAAGUGGCUGGUGUCGUGCUGAGUGUGGCUGGAGGGCUGUUUGUGGGAAAAGAGGGGCCCAUGAUCCACAGUGGGGCUAUUGUGGGAGCCGGGCUGCCUCAGUUUCAGAGCAUCACGUUUAAGUGGAUCAAGUUUGACUUCCCCUACUUCCGCAGUGACAGAGAUAAACGGGACUUUGUGUCGGCCGGAGCAGCUGCUGGGGUGGCUGCUGCUUUUGGGGCCCCUAUAGGGGGCACUCUCUUCAGUUUGGAGGAGGGCUCUUCCUUCUGGAACCAGGCCCUCACCUGGAAAGUGCUUUUCUGUUCCAUGUCGGCCACUUUCACUCUGAACUUCUUUCGUUCAGGGAUCUACUUUAAUAAGUGGGGCUCCUUCCAGCUGCCUGGGCUGCUCAACUUUGGAGAAUUCAAGUGUGUUGAUGGAGACAAGCAGUGCCACCUGUGGACCGCCGUGGACUUGGCCUUCUUUGUGCUAAUGGGGGUGGUGGGGGGCCUGCUGGGGGCACUCUUCAACUGCAUGAACAAGUUUCUGGCCAAGUAUCGUAUGAAGCACAUCCACCCUAAGGCGCGGGGAGUCAGGGUGCUGGAGAGCCUGCUGGUCUCCAUGGUAACAUCAUUGCUCAUCUUUGCCUGCUCCAUGUUGGUGGGAGAAUGCCUAGAGCUGCACACCCGUCCACAUAACACAACAGCUGGGGACAGCACUAACUCAUCCGUGCGCCAGUACUUCUGCCCCAACAGCACCUACAACGACAUGGCCACACUGCUGUUCAAUCCCCAGGAGAAGGCCAUCCACCAGCUCUUCCACCAGGAUGGCCUGUUCAGCCCUCUCAGCCUGUCGGUCUUCUUUGUGCUGUACCUGGUGCUGGCGUGCUGGACCUAUGGUGUCUCUGUGCCUAGUGGUCUGUUCGUGCCCUCUCUGCUCUGUGGGGCCGCCUUCGGACGCCUGGUGGCCAACGUCCUUAACGUAGAGCUUCACAUGCACGUGUACUCUGGGACCUUCGCUUUGAUUGGGGCAGCAGCUUUUCUAGGGGGUGUGGUCCGGAUGACUAUCAGCCUGACAGUCAUCCUCAUCGAGUCCACCAACGAGAUCACAUAUGGACUGCCCAUCAUGAUCACGCUCAUGGUGGCCAAGUGGACUGGAGACUUGUUUAACAAGGGCAUCUACGACAUCCACAUCGAGCUGCGAGGGGUCCCUCUGCUGGAGUGGGAGACAGAGGUGGAGAUGGACAAGCUGACGGCCAGUGACAUCAUGGAGCCCAACCUGACGUAUGUGUACCCCCACACACGUGUGCAGUCCUUGGUCAGCAUCCUGCGCACCACUGUGUACCAUGCCUUCCCCGUGGUAACUGAAAACCGCCAUAACCAGAGGGACUUCACAAAAGGCAAUAUACUCGUCAGCAACAACAUCCACUUUAAAAGGUCCAGUGUGGUGCCUCGGGCUGGGGAGCAGAGGCGCCGCUGUCAGUCCAUGAAGUCUUAUCCAUCCAGUGAGCUGAGGAACAUGUGUGACGAGCAGCCCCCACAGCCUGAGCCUGAGGAGGGGGAGGACCUGCUGCAGCAGAUGCUCCAGACCAGGCACAUGCCCUACCCAAACCUGUACCCAGAUCAGUCACCCAGUGAGGAGUGGACCAUGGAGGAGCGCUUCAGGCCUCUCACUUUCCAUGGUACCAUUUUGCGCUCACAGCUCGUCAGCCUGCUGCUCCGCGGUGCCUGCUACUCCGAGAACCAGUCGAAUGCCUCUCAGCCCAGACUGUCAUACACAGAGAUGACAGAGGAGUACCCCCGCUACCCUGACAUCCACGAUGUGGACCUAACCCAGCUCAACCCUCGCAUGAUUGUGGACGUGACACCAUACAUGAACCCCGCACCCUACACCGUCUCUCCCAACAGCCGCAUCUCCCAAGUCUUCAACCUGUUCCGCACCAUGGGGCUGAGGCACCUGCCUGUGGUCAAUGCCGUGGGAGAGAUUGUUGGGAUCAUCACCAGACACAACUUGACACACGAAUUCCUGCAGACCAAGCUGCGGCAACAUUCCAUCACCGUCUGACUGUUGAUCCCUUCAUCUCACAUCCUCUCCUUCAGAAGUGACUUUAGUUUAUAUCUGACUUGUACUGGGUCAAGUGCAGUUCUCCACCUGAAACCCCACAGCUCAAAGGAAGGAGUCUGGAGUUGUUUUUUUCUGUGGUCUGAUCUUUUAUUUUUAAUUUUAAUUUUUUUGUUUUUAUAAUUGUUCACAUUGUAUUUUGCACAGAUAAUUAUUUGAGUUUAAUGUAAUAAAUAACAUUCAGGCUGCUUUUACUUUAUGUAAUAUUGUCACUGACAGUGCAAAAUUAAAUCAUCAUUUGUUAUGAUUUCAAGUGGCCAAAUGUGUUAAAGUUUUACUGUCUUAAAGAUGUGAAAAACUAAGUUGUUCCUCAUGCAUACAGAGCAUCCUAAUUAUCCACCGUGAUGAGUUUAUAAAACUCUUACUCAGGAGGCCAGUCAUGGUAAUGCUAAUAACAAUUAGCAUGCUAACAGUGAAAGUUGCCACAGCUUGUUUGUUCAGCUGGGGGCUGCUCCUCUCCUCUGCUUCAUCACUAUAUCAUGUUAAUUAUGUUGUGUUUAAUUGUGUUUUAGUGUCUUUGGUUCAUAACAAAGUCCACUGUCCUGCUCAUAUGAAGAUGGGCAUUUUGUAGUUUUACUCAUAUGUUUGACUGGUCUUAUCUUAAUUCUAAUGAUCCUAAUGUUUAUGUCCCUGCAGCACUUUUAUAUUAUUUUUAUGUUUUAACUAUUUUAUGGUAAUGCAGUACUCCUCCACCUGGAUGUUCAGAUGACCUCUGACUGACACAGGCCAGUUUUAAGGGAGCACAAGGGAAAGUGGAGUGGAAUACAUGGACCACUGGACUUUUGAGCUUUUUUAUUUGAUGAUUUCUUGAAACGAAAUCAGAUGAUUAUUUAUAUGAGAUGAUUUUUGGCACAUGAUAAUUCAGCGCUUAAUGGGUUUGUAAUAUUAUGAUUGUUGUGACAUUCCUCAGGCAGCAGCUGUUUGACAGGGGUCAUGCAUUUAUUAUUGGUCAAAUAAAGUUUGAACUGAC